AGUUUAUUGAUGAAUGAAGUUAACAUUUUUAAAGCCAGAUAAGCAAGGUGAUUUUUCUUGGAAGGAAUUGGCUGACUCACACGAGCCACGUAUAAACCCUCGAAUGAAUUUAUAGUGUCUGCAUGCUUCGCUAAUUCACUCCAAUUGUCCGCAGGCUGCAGAUGCUCUUCGCCAAUCCAGCACUGCAGUGCUGCCGUGUGAGGUGUUGGAUUCAUUGGAUCCCGCAGUCUGACCGGCUUUGCGGCGCUUCUUUAAGAGAAUCAUCUACAUUAUCUUUAGUGGAUAGCCUAUGACGAACAGUUCCGUGUGCUGCCGCAUCAUGUUGACAUAACUCUUUUGAAGAACUGAAAAUAAUGAAUGGCCGGAGAGGAGCGAUGAUACGAAUUAACUCUUUGAUGUGAAGGGAAGCUGGAACGGGAUUUCGUACUGCAUUUAGGUUACUGCCGAGGAAACACUGGAAUGAGGCUCUAAACACGUUUCUUGUCGCUGCGAGUUAGCUUGUUGAAGUUGGCUUUGCUCAACAAUGGAAAAAUGAAUUGGAAUGGAUACUCUGAUAAAUGUUCCUUAGAGAUGGAAGGAAGAUUUUCCAGCCUUUUAUGAAUCUUUUCGUGGUGACUCUGGAAAGGUGGAGCGAUCAGGAAAAGCUAAUGACGGACCUAUUAAUCCAUCAAAAGCACCAGAGGGGUUUGGAAACGUUUGGAUGGAAAUGUUUACAUCUUUUUCUGGUUUUAUACGAAACUACUAAUGCAUAGUUGUGGAUCUCUGCUGGAAUCUCCAUUGUCAUUGAUUAAUAUAGUGAAAUGAAUUCAGGGCUUUUGACAUAUAUGCUGUGAUUUUUUUUUUUUUUUUUUUGGAAAUAUCCAUCUUUUCUUCUGAAAGUAUCCCUAUCUAAAUGGAAUUAGUUGAGAAAGCCCUUUGUGAAAGGAAUAGACAUGGUACAUGGGAACAGGUUCCUUCACGUUGUUGCAGGUCUUCUCAUGCUUGGGUUGUCUGGGGCAACAAAGAAAGAAGCAGUGAAAAACAAUUCAGGAGUGCAGCCGGCAGGGCAGUGUGGAACCUGGGUGAAAGAACCAGAGGGAGGCCUCUUCACCUCACCCAAUUACCCAAACAAAUAUCCCCCAGAGCGAGAAUGCAUCUACAUCAUUGAAGCUCCCCCGAGACAAUGCAUUGAUCUUUUCUUUGAUGAAAAGUAUUCAAUAGAGCCUUCAUGGGAAUGUAAAUUUGACCAUAUUGAAGUCCGGGACGGGCCCUUUGGCUUUUCUCCAAUAAUUGGACGCUACUGCGGGCAGCAGAACCCUCCAUACAUCAGAUCGAGCAGCCGCUACCUAUGGAUAAAAUUUGUUGCAGAUGGUGAAUUGGAAGCCAUGGGAUUUUCUGCGAGCUACAAUUUCACAGCAGAUCCUGACUUUAAAGACUUAGGAGUCCCCAAGCCUCUUCCCUUUUGUGAGUUUGAGAUGGGAGGACCUGAAGGCAUCAUUGAAUCGCAGCAGAUCACCAAAGACGGCAAAGCCUUGCAGACAGAGGCAGUGGACUGCAAGUGGUACAUCCGUGCCCCUCCUCGUUCCAAGAUCUAUUUACGUUUCCUAGACUACGAGAUGCAGAACUCCAAUGAGUGUAAACGUAAUUUCGUGGCGGUGUACGACGGCAGCAGCUCAGUGGAAGACUUGAGGAAUAAGUUUUGCAGCACGGUGGCCAACGACGUCAUGCUGGUGACCGCGCUGGGAGUGGUUCGCAUGUGGGCCGACGAGGGCAGCCGAAAGAGCCGCUUCCGUAUACUCUUCACUACCUUCCAAGAGCCUCCCUGUGAGGCAGAUACUUUCUUUUGCCACAGUAACAUGUGUAUCAACAACACGCUGGUGUGCAACGGAGUCCAGAACUGCGUCUACCCUUGGGACGAGAACCACUGCAAAGAAAAGAGGAAAGCCAACAUCCUGGACAACCUCAAUAACACCAACGGCACCAUCAUCGGCGUGACGUGCUGCAUCGUACUGAUCCUACUUGUCAUAUCUGUGAUCGUUCAAAUCAAGCAGCCACGGAAGAAGUACAUCCUGAGGCGGGAAGACUUUGACCCCACCAUGUUCCAAGAGGUGUUCCAGGAGCCACCGCAUUAUGAACUGUGCACUCUCCGCAGCGCGGCGGCCACAUCCGCGGACCUAGCCGAGCUGGCCGAGGACUUUGAGAGCUACCACAAGCUGCGGAGCGCCUCCUCGCGCUGUGUCCACGAGCAUCACUGCGGUUCCACGCAGUUGUCCAGCAACAAGGGCAGCCACACCAACCUGAGCGCCCGCGAGGCGGCGGCGGCCAUCCUGACGGACCUCCCACCACAACCCAUGCGGCCGCUUCCUCCCCAAACCAACCGCAGGAACAUUCUGGUAAUGAGACACACCUACUCACAAGAUGCCGCAGAUGCCUGUGACCUAGAUGAUGACCUGGAGGAAGUGCCCACCACUAGCCACAGGCUGUCCAGACACGAGAAAGCAGUGCAGCGGUUCUGCCUCAUUGGGUCUCUAAACAAACAUGAAUCUGAGUACAACACAACUAGGGUGUAACAGACAAUCUGAAGACUUCUUGAAAAUAGUGCAAUCCUGGAUCAGUACGAACGGGCUUCAAUGAAAUAUGAAAAUGUGGACCGGAGAUAUACACCAGCAUGAUAAUAACAUGGACAUUUUAAAGACAAAUUUAUCAAAACAACCUGCAGAUGUAAAGGAGGACAUGGAUUCAGUAACAAAGGAAGUGACUGUGUUGAAAUCGCUUUAACAUGUGCUCCUAAUUUAGUCGCAUAACCGUUUUUUGAAGGUUACUUAUUUAGGAUUGCAGAACAUUACAUGGUAGUUUGUUCAUUUACAUGAAUACAUGUGAAUCAGUGCUUUCAGGACUGUUGUAGUGCAUGCAUUUUAUUGUCAUGUUUUGCCACCAAACGUCUUUAUAUUUGUUAAAAUGCUUUUAAGACAUUGGGUAUUUGUGACUUUUAGCAAACACUUUCUAUCCACAUACUUGUCUGAAUCUUCACUUUAAUGUUAAGAUUUGCAUGCAUAUUUCCUUUAUCAUUUUUAAGUGAGUGACUGUGCAUUUAGGUACAGCAUCAAACCCAAGACUAAUUUAUUGUUGAUAGGUUUAAUUACAAAAUAUAUAUAUUAAAGCAAAUGGAAUGACAUAUACCCUUCCCCUCCCCUAUAGUUUACUGCUAUACUUACUAACUGCAUGCUAAAAUCAUCAGAUUUAUAAGAUCUACAGUAUGAUUCAGUAUGGGAU